AUGAAUGUCGAUCGCCUGAUGCAAGACUUGUCAAUUGACCAUAAGGAAAUGGAUGAUCAAAAGGAGGAAAUGCGACAGAUGGUUGGUCGUCGUUAUCGAGAUGUCUUAGAUGCGUCUAGUUCAGUCCGACGCGUAACUGAAAUUGCUGAUUCAUUGGCUAAAUCAGUUCGCGAUGUUCGGGAUAUUGGUCUCGGACGGGUAUCGCAUUCCUUACCUUCUGCAUUGGCAUUAAAGUUCUGUCAACUGUCAGCAUUGAUAAGAUUGCAUUUACUGAUCGGUAAAAGUGAUCCCUUGUCAGAUGCAUUUAUCUUGGUGCUUACGGAGCUACUACAUCGUCACUUGUCUAUCACAAUAACUCCAUCAAACAAAUUUACAUGCUUGAUUCAUCAGAUGUCAAGGAAACUUGUCCAGAAACGUCUUAAACUUGAAAACAAAUUUUUGCUUGGUUUGGGUAUUGCACCCACCAUAGCUGAAACUAUUAAUCAAUUGGCCGCAGUUGUUAUUCUCAAAAAAUGUUCAAGCAAUGAAUUAUUGACUAUGUUCAUUGAGCAAAAAGUGGCAAGUAUCAAGAUAGCACUAAACAGUUCAUUAUCAAUAAUUGAUCUGGUUUGGCAUCUGCAUAGCACAUUUCAAUGUUUGCAACAGGUUUUCAUCGAUGACUAUUUAGUUACGACGCUACGGACUAUAUCUUCCCCUCUUUGGGUACCAGACCUGAUUAUAGAAAUACUGAUGACAUUGAUGGGUGAUGAGAUAUUCUGUUUUGGAAAAAGUAUCAAAGAAGAAAUUAUGGAAACGAAUAAUCAUUGUCGACAGCUAAUCUUGACUCCUAUCGAUCAGGAUUUUUUGAUCAAAAAUUGCAUGUCAUUCUUAGAAAAUAUUUGUUCGGUAUCACAUAAUCUUGUCAAGUUAAAAUGUAGUGCGAUAGGCAAUGUAUCUUCAUUAAUUGAUUUUUUAAAGAUUGUUCUAGAAGCUUUUAAUUGGCCUUUAGUUGGAGAGAGUGUGACAGUUUACGAGCGACUUUUUGGAGAUAUGAUCAUUAAAAGGUUCCAGGAAUUAAUAAGUAGUGAACUAAUCACAUUGGAGCGAAACCUUGUAGAAAGAAUUCCUAGAAUUUCUUGUCAUCCGCCAGCGUUAUUCAAAGUGCGCACUCCCAGAUUUGAUUCAGUUUUAGCUACCGGCGUUUCACAUGAGUUAUUAAGUAUUAUAAAGGAACUGGAUAAUGGUUUACGAUUCUUAAUAGAUCGGAUCAAAGAAUAUGAAUCAAUUGGUAAAGAAAAUGCAGUUUGUGAUCUCUGCAGUCAGUUUUCAGGUGCUGUCAAGGAAAUGCUGCAGAGAUUGUGUCGCAUUUCGGACGAGUUUGAUGGCUUGGAAGAAUCAGGAAGUCCAGAUCAUGCCUUAUCCAUGGCCAGAGUAUAUAUUGCUCUGAUUCAAACACGCAAUGUAUCCAUUUCACUUUCAAUGUCAAAAAACAGCAACCUUGUAGCCGAAUGUGCGAAGAUUGUUUUUCUUGAUUCGAUCAUUGAAAGCAGUGCUCGAGAAAAUAAUAUCAACAGAUUGGCAGAAAUUUAUAAUGAUCCAUUUGUUUUCAUUCCAUAUUUGCAGGAAUUUGAAAAGGUUGAGCUUCCAGAGGUUGGUAUUGUUGAAGUUCCUGUACAGAUCAAUAGAAUUUUAUAUGCCUUUUUGUACGACUUGUGUCGAAAGAUUUCAGAGAACUCAAUUGGUCACUUGUGUACUCGAAAUAUCCGAUUGCACAUUUCUCAGAACCUGGAACAGCUGCUUUUUUCAGUGUAUGCUGUUGUUGCUCACUGCAAAGAUGAAUUACCGCUGCGCAUAGUACUUCAGUAUUUAUUUGACAUUCGCUUCUUAAAUGCUAUUUUACCUGGUGGUGCUUUGCAUCCAUUAAUACCGCUCCUUGAACAAAAGUUAGAUCUCUUUGAUUUGAGUCUGCUCUCUGGUCCACUUGGAAAAAAUGCGCGUCUUGCAGCUCAACGUCAUUCAAUCAUCUUUGCACAUUUGCUCGCGGACAUCAUAGUCAAUAAAGAACUUUCUCUGAGUCAUUCUUUCUCGGCUGUUGUAGAUAUCGUUCCGAGGCUUAGCGACUCACCACGUCUCUCUCACAUACCGCGUUUGUCGAAAAAUCUGAAAUCUGAUGAUGAUCUGCCAUCUUUAACCGAUUUGGAUCCAGAUGGAAGGAAAGAAGCGGAACUUCAGCAACAGCAUGUACAAAGAAACAAAAGUGCACCAUCGUUUUCCUCGCUUUACAAAAUAUCAGCUAGCUGGUUUGGUAGUAAUCAAACCUAAGA